AUAAUUUGACAUGAUUGUUAUGAAUAAGGGGAGACAGAAAAGAAAGAAAGUAACAACAGCACAUUUUAAUCCAACAUGUCUGAUUUGAUGUCAGUGUUCUAACACAACUUGUUUUAACCUCCAUCAUGAAGAGUUCAGGUUGUUCAUUUUAAACCUUCUUCAGCUCUGAAUAUAUUAUCAAACACUGAAUGAUUUCAAGCAGGAAGUUUGUCUUCUAAAGUCACAUCAUUUAUUCUUUAUUCAGAUUGAGGGGCUGCAUUUUGUCAGAGACCAGCUGUGCUUCUCUGAUCUCAGCUCUGAAGUCCAACCCCUCCCAUCUGAGAGAGCUGGAGCUGAGUGAGAACAAGCUGAAGGAUUCAGACAUGAAGCUGCUGUGUGAUUUUCUGCUGAGUCCAAACUGCAGACUGGAGACUCUGAGAUUGAGGAACUCCUGGUUAUCAGAGAUCAGCUGUGCGUCUCUGUCCUCAACUCUGAAGUCCAACCCCUCCCAUCUGAGAGAGCUGGACCUGAUAGGCAACAAGCUGAAGGAUUCAGACAUGAAGCUGCUGUGUGAUUUGAAGGAGAGUCCACACUGCAGACUGGAGACUCUGAGGUGGAAGGAUUGAUCUCUGUCAGAGUGAGUGAUCAUAAAGGUGGAUGUGAUGAGACACAAAGUCCAGUCCCCCGUCCUCCCUGUGAGUCCCUCUGGAUCUGAGUACCAUCAGAGUCUCUGGACUCCUCUGCUGCUGCUCUGUCCUCCUACAGCGUCUCUGCAGACACACUGAGACUCCUCCACCUCCGUCUGUUUUUUUUAUUCAUUCAUAUAAUCCGGGCCUCUGCAGAUUAGUUCUGUUUAUGACAACAUGACUGGACAUCAACACAUGGAAAAAGAUAUUUCUGCUUUGUUUUCCGAUGCAGCGCCACCCUGUGGAGUGACAGGGUAUUUCAGUUAAUUUCCACAGAUUACUAAGUAAAAGAAGUUGAUCUUACCUUAUUACUACCACUAUCAGCCGUUUCUCAUAUAUAACAGAUACAAGAUAUUUGCUUGUAACAAACUUCAGUUAAGUUUCUCAACUGAAAACAAACAGAUCGUGUUUAAUGUUCUUGUCCUGUUACUGAAUACUCCUCAGUUUAUGUUUGCUGUAGUUUGAAGAAUGUUGCUUGUAUUUUUAUUCAACAUUUUUAAUGGUGCUACUCAGAAACCGUUUUCUUUGAGUUGCUACAGUUGGAUGUUUGAGCUUUACUGUGCAGAGUUUGAUACCAGGAGGCUGUUUAUGCAUUUGUCUGGUGUCUCUCUGCUUAUUGGAAAUAAGACUUUAAUUCGGAAAUUUUGUUUUUAUUCAUAUAUGAAUAAAAACUUCUGAAAAUA